AUGGCUGAAACUGCUAUUGAUGAUGACCUUGUGAGAUCAGCUCGGAAACUUUCGAUUCUAUUUCAAUACAAGAAGCUAGAACUCUGGACGAUUUCCCUCAAGAAAUUUGCUGAGAAGCACUCGGAGCAUAAUGAAUUGAACAUUCUGUUGACGAAAAUUGGUGAUGUGGUGGGCAAGGCAGUCAGUAUUAUCAGAUUGUAUUUCGAUGAUGAUAGUGGGAAGAAAUUGUUCGGUUUCAUGGAAUAUACUCUCGUGCGAGAUCUUCAGGAUAUCACGACACAAACGCAGAAUAUCAUCAAGAUGUAUGAUGUCGAAAACCAGCAGGGGGAAGAAGCU